UCCAUUUUUCUCCUCAUCAGAAAUGGUCUCCAUGGAAACGUGGCUAUGAAGAAACCAUUCUUAACGAAGAGAAGAAUGGAGAAACGGCUGAGGUAUGUCACAUGACACAAGAACUGAACUGAAGAUCAGUGGAAACAGGCCAGAACCAAGACCUCAACAGGUCUGAUGGAGGGAUGGACCCUCCCCAGAACGCAGACCUCAACAAGUCUGAUGGAGGGAUGGAUCCUCCCCAGAACGCAGACUUCAACAGGUCUGAUGGAGGGAUGGACCCUCCCCAGAACGCAGACCUCAACAAGUCUGAUGGAGGGAUGGAUCCUCCCCAGAACGCAGACUUCAACAGGUCUGAUGGAGGGAUGGACCCUCCCCAGAACGCAGACCUCAACAAGUCUGAUGGAGGGAUGGAUCCUCUCCAGAACGCAGACCUCAACAGGUCUGAGGGAGGGGUGGACCCUCCCCAGAACGCAGACUUCAACAGGUCUGAUGGAGGGAUGGACCCUCCCCAAAACACAGACUUCAACAGGUCUGAUGGAGGGAUGGACCCUCCCCAGAACGCAGACCUCAACAGGUCUGAGGGAGGGAUGGACCCUCCCCAGAACGCAGACCUCAACAAGUCUGAUGGAGGGAUGGAUCCUCCCCAAAACCCAGACUUGAACAUUAUUGAAGCAGUGUGGGAUUAUCUGGACUAUGAACAGAGGACACGCCUGAAGUAAUGGAUGGUAUAAUGUGCUAUUUUCUGGUCUUAUUAUUUAGGGUUGGGUCAUAUGACACCCUUUGUUUACAGCACUUUUUCAUCAAUAUCCAUACCAACACGGAUCAU